GAAGCAGGUCAGAGCCAGGCCCCCGGCCUCGGGCUGUGGGGGCUCGAUUCCGAGAUGCCAGACUGGAGGACGAGGAAGGGAUCGGAGCCCCGUUGUACCUCCCAGGAAACUUAUCUGAGGAUUUGAGAGCUUCAUGGUGCACUGGUGGGGAAGCUGAGUUUGUAAACUACCCCAAUGGAUGCAGAUAGUGAUGUUGCAUUGGACAUUUUAAUUACAAACGUAGUCUGUGUUUUUAGAACCAGAUGCCAUUUGAACUUAAGGAAGAUUGCUUUAGAGGGAGCAAAUGUAAUUUACAAGCGUGAUGUUGGAAAAGUGUUAAUGAAGCUUAGAAAACCUAGAAUUACAGCUACAAUUUGGUCCUCAGGAAAAAUUAUUUGCACAGGAGCCACAAGUGAAGAAGAAGCUAAAUUUGGUGCCAGGCGAUUAGCCCGAAGUCUACAGAAACUUGGUUUUCAGGUAAUAUUUACAGAUUUUAAAGUCGUUAAUGUUUUGGCAGUGUGUAACAUGCCCUUCGAAAUUCGAUUGCCAGAAUUCACAAAGAACAAUAGGCCUCAUGCCAGUUAUGAACCUGAACUUCAUCCUGCAGUAUGUUAUCGCAUAAAAGCUCUACGAGCUACAUUACAGAUUUUUUCAACAGGAAGUAUCACAGUAACAGGGCCAAAUGUAAAGGCUGUUGCUACUGCUGUGGAACAGAUUUACCCAUAUGUGUUUGAAAGCAGAAAAGAAAUUUUAUAAUUCACCACUCAAUUGGUUAGGUUUCCUAACUGAGCACCUUUUAAAACUGCUGCACAUUGGACUCAAGGUGAAAGGAAAACUGGACCAACAGUAACUGAGGAAUAGACUCUUUUAUUUGUUCAUGGCCACAGUGUAAGCUCCAGUCAGUCCCUUUGGAUUUUAUUUUGAAUAGUGCUGUAAUGUAAAAAGUUUACAAGACGUGAAAUUGCUGCUUUUACAAAAGGACAUUCUAUUUAUUUUCGCAGUAAUUCUCGUGUCAUAAAGCAGAGCUGUCACGGUGUGCACUACUUUUAAGACAUAUUUUGGUUGGGUUUUUUUUUUUUUUUUUUUUUUUGGUUGUUUUUCAGUUUGAGCUAAUGUGUUUUAUUUGUGAAUAGUCUUUUACAUUUUUGUAUGCUGAACAUGGGCACCAAAGAAGCUGUAAAGGUUAUCUUUUUUCAAUUGAUGAAUGUGUGCACAAAUAAAAGUUUGGAAAAGAUCUCUCUUCAUACCUAUUCUAUUAUUUUUUUCUUCCCCAUUUUCUAUUUUAACUGAAAUUGUAUUACUCAGAAUUCAUUUUUUAAAACUAUGCAAACUUAGUCUUUUGCUGAAGUGUUUUUUGGCUUCCAUUUGAAGUGUAUUUUGUAUAUAUGCCACAUGUGUACAGUAUGUUCUUAAUGCUGUGUUACCAAAUGUCAGUUUUUCUUGCAAAUUAGAAAUAAAAAAAUGUAUAUAAACUAUAGGGAAUAAGAGUAGAACUUUAUAGAUUAAACAUAAUGUCUUACAUUGCUAAUUUAAUAAGAUAAGAGUGUUAAAUAUCUUUUGAGAGUUAAAAGAAUAUUAGUUUAAUAAAGAAACUUUUCUUAACCACAGAUGGGAUAUAAAAAAGCAGCUUUAUUGGGCUGUAUCUCAUAUUUACCUUUGUUACUCUGGAAAGACCUUCAGAUACAGCUGAAGGAAAGUGAUGGAAAUUCUCAAUUUAGGCCUUCACUGCAGUCUUCUGCCAGUCUUGGCAGUAUGAUAAAGUUGUAUGGUCAAGACAAGAAGUGCCCCCAAGGCUAUUCCAGGCCUAUAGCAUUAUAUACUCAUAAGGAGGCUCACUUUGGACUUGAAAGUCAUUUUGUGAGACAUAUGUGCUUUCUCCCUGAUUUUAUCUUAUUUAAUGGAGCUAAAAAAAAUUAGGGAAUAUUUAGUUCACUAAGUGAAAAUGAUUCUAAAUUAGUUGAUUCAGUGUCCUCUUUGACUAAUUCCUUAGCAUUGGAACAGUAAUUGUGCUGCAGGAAUGCCCUAUGACUUGAAUUUAAGUGUUUUUAUUCUGAAAAAUAAAACUGUGGGUUUCCACAAAUCAUUGGAAACAAUAGGUAACACAAUACUACACCAAAAUCUGAAUGUAUUAAAAUGUUAUGAAACAUUUAGAAUAAAUUAUUAAAAUAUGUGAGCUCCAUUAAGUAACUUUUCCUGUAUAUUAUAGAAUGCUAAAUUAGGAUAAAUUGUACAAUUUUGUACAAAUGUUAUAUAUGUUUUUUGCGCCCUCUUUCUUCUUUAUUACUCUCCAUCCUGAUUGCCCUAUAAGAAGUGAAAAGGCUGACUUCAAAAUAAAAUUCUUUCUUGUGGAGGUUUCUCUUGGGUAAUAAGCCUGACUUGAAAAUGAUUCUGAAUUUGUAGGUUAUUUUAAUGUUUCCAUUAGUUUUUCUUCUACAUUUAAUUCAUUUUAAAGUUCAGUAGGUCAUCUAAUGUAUAGAAUCAAAA